AUGGGGCGAGAUCAUGCAACCUCGGGCAGUGAGGAUGAAGAGUCCAUUGGGGGUUCGGAACUCACAGAUGGAGCUGCUGACGCUACUAUACGCCGUAAGCCACGCGCACGAAUGCCUCGAAAAUCUACUCGAUACGCAGUAGCCCAACCCGCACCACAGCUGCGGACCAAACAAAGGCACCUGGUUCAAAUCUUACCACGGCUGCUGCUGCAACUCCAAGAGAUAGGCGACAAACGAGCCAUUCCGGCUUUCGACUUGAUCCCGGCCCAGCUUGUUGCCGGCACCCUAAUCAUCCCCAAACUGGCCAAGCAUUUCCCUCGCAUCUUUCAUGCCAACGCAGAAUUAAGCCAGAAUGAUGUGUUACUUGUUCGCAGUGAAGACUACGCCUCAACCACCCCCAAACAUUCCUCGCUCCACAGGGAAAACGCACGAAGGCUUCGCCACGACAAGGAAAUCAUAGCCGUCAUCAGUGCACCAUCGCCCAAAGGCCGCGGGGAAGCUGCUGAAAUCAUCCUGGAAGACGGCCUGCCAUGGUCAGCCUCGAUAAUGGCCAACGGAUCCUACGAGUUUACCAGGAUCGAUGAGGAUGGACAAGUCGCCACGGCGAGAUGGACCUUUAGCAUCAUUGAUCCUUCAUCACGAAGACACCCAAUCCUAGGGUCGUUGACAAUGGAAACUCUCGAGGUCUAUGACAGCUACGUCACGCUAUCAACAUCAAGUGGACGAUUCCCCCCGUCCCGCCCGUUCGGCCCGCAGGCAGCUGGCGUUCGCGAGCAAAGCACGUCUUCAGUAAGCUUCAGCAACUCCAGCGACUCCCAGUCAAGGGUGACGGUAGAGGUGCUGCCUGCGCAAAAAGCACUGAUGAUCGCCACGGCCAGUUGGAUUCAGCUGCAACAGCAUGACUGGCCGGCAUCAGUCACACCCAAGUUUGCCAAAAUCCAUGUCUACGGGUAG